CAGUUCGCGGGGAGCGCUCGUGCAGUGCGCGUUGUUGUCCCGUGUUCCUCUAGAUGGUUGAUCACGUGGGAAACAUUACGCCGAGUUUUCGCGAUUUCGUGGCGAAGAAGGGCCGAGGGAAAGGGAAUAAAUGUGCGCGAGUCCGUAAUGGACAACCCUAGCGGCGGAAGAGAUAGUCGGUACGCAAGUCUUGGCUACAGCAUGGGGAUGAUAGGCAGCGACGCUGGCUCGGAAAUGUACGGCCGACCGUCCACCUCCCAACUUACAACUUCUCAAAUAAGCCGCGGUGGCGCCACCAUGAUGGCCGCGGCCGCCGCUGCAGGCGCACCAAACGCCGGCGUGGGAUCUGUACAGAGAGGUAUCAAGAGGACCACUUCGGACGUCUGUUACGAUGACAGUAAUGCACGGCAAGCACUUUCGCAACAGCAAGCCAUGUCAAUGUCCACGGACUGUGUCCCAGAUAAUCUCGAGGAGUCGUUCACGAGUUUGGGCCAGCCGAAAAAGUCACCCCCCUCGAACGGUAAGAAGACGAAGGGACGAGUCAAGAUUAAAAUGGAGUACAUCGACAAUAAACUGCGGAGGUAUACUACUUUCUCUAAGAGGAAAACUGGAAUCAUGAAGAAGGCGUACGAGCUGUCGACACUGACAGGUACACAGGUGAUGCUGCUGGUAGCGAGCGAGACCGGGCAUGUGUACACGUUCGCGACACGAAAGCUGCAGCCGAUGAUAACGAGCGAGGCCGGGAAGGCGUUGAUCCAGACCUGCCUGAACAGCCCGGACCCUCCCGCCUCCAGUUCCUCUGGCGACCAGAGGAUGUCCGCGACCGGGUUCGAGGAGACCGAACUGACCUACAACAUAGCCGACGACGAGCAGAAAGUAAGGCAACUGGUGUAUGGCUCGCCGCACGGUGGCUCGCUGCACGGCGGAUAUCCUGGUGGCGGACCGACCGGAGGGCCUCCUGGCCAUCCGCCACCCCCGCCGCCGCCACCGCCGCCGGGUUCGCAGCACGCGCCACCCUCGCACGCGCAGCACGCGCACCUGAUUGCGCAUGCACACGCGGCCUCGCCGAGCUCGCACCUGGUACCCUGUUCCAGUCCCGGGCCCAUGUUAGCCGGUGGCCCUUAUCAACAAUCUUGUCCCUCACCUCUGCCACCCCAUCACGCCGCCUACCAUCCUCACAUGUCGCAUUCGCAUCCCCAACGGUAGUACUACCCUAGCAUUUAAAACUACUGUCGCUCACGUGUCCUCCGACUCUGAUCGCCAAUGCAUCGCAGUUGCGUUCCAUCCCGUCACCAACCAUACUACUGUGUUCUAUUUUUGCGUCUGAUUUCCCAUGACCGAUAACAAUACGAAAUAUCAAGACAGAGAGAUAGAGAAGAGCGGGAGAAGAACGUGAGGUCCGACGCGUCCGUGGAUACAGAAGAUAGAUGUUCGAUAAGAGUCGGUGCCCGCGCAGCUAGAAAACUACCGUCGCCGGCGUAACGGCAAUUAUCCGCGUACGCUUAUCGCGACCGUCGCCUGUCGUCGAUCGACUGUAUGACAAUCGUCGUCGGCUUCGAACGAACGCUCGUUGCUGCUCCGUGUUCUCGCGAUACGACGCUAUGAGAUUUCCCCCGGCGUAGUAGAUUUCGAAAAUGUACCCUGUUAUAAAUCGAUCGAGUAGGUUUGCAGAACGCGGAGGAGAUAUCACGUUCUCUAUGUGUAGACUCGAGUAGUUUCUUUAUGGAGUUUCACUGAAUUCCAUGGGGAAACUUAAUUGUUCUAGCGAUUUCAUUAGCAAGAAGCAGGAUCGGCGAAGAGAGUGAAACCACAUUUUUCCCCUCUCAACGAUUCGUGCUUCGAAUCUGUAGGAAUCCGUGCUAGGUUUUCUAAAGCUUCUUUUCUGUUACUCUUCUGUCACAGCGUUUCAGGGCUCCUCGAACAUGACGCCUUCGCGUCGGUGCAAUUCCGUCCAAGUUAUUGGCGCGAGUAUAUAUCGCAUUCAAGUUAGGUGAGCGAAAACGCGUUAAACUUCUUUUCCCGUGGUCAUUUGAUCAUUCUCGAGGCAUUUAAAAAAAAAAAAAAAAAA